AUGGGUUCCACGACUGCUCCUAGCUAUGCUCUCUCCCAGGCUCACAAGGACAUGCUCGAAAAGUCCCUGGUCGAGUCUGACCCGGAGAUUGCGGAGAUCAUGAAGAAAGAAAUCAAACGCCAGCGUGAAUCCAUCAUCCUCAUCGCCUCCGAGAACGUGACUUCCCGCGCCGUCUACGAUGCCCUAGGCUCUCCCAUGUCAAAUAAAUACUCUGAAGGAUACCCUGGAGCACGUUACUACGGAGGAAAUCAAUAUAUCGACGCUAUGGAGCUCACAUGCCAGGCCAGAGCGUUGAAGGCGUUCAACCUCGACGCAGAAGAGUGGGGAGUCAAUGUCCAGUGCUUGAGUGGUAGUCCUGCGAAUUUGCAGGUCUACCAGGCCCUCAUGAGGCCUCAUGAGAGGUUGAUGGGUUUGGAUCUGCCUCAUGGUGGACAUUUGAGCCAUGGAUAUCAGACGCCGCAGAAGAAGAUCUCUGCUGUCUCUACUUACUUCGAGACAUUCCCCUACCGUGUCAAUCUCGAGACGGGUAUCAUUGACUAUGAUCGCCUCGAGGAGAACGCCCUCAUGUACCGACCCAAGUGCAUUGUGGCCGGAACAUCCGCAUACUGCCGUUUGAUUGACUAUGCUCGUAUGCGCCAAAUCGCAGACAAAGUUGGAGCAUACCUUAUUGUUGAUAUGGCCCACAUCUCCGGACUCAUUGCUGCCGGAGUCAUCCCCUCCCCCUUUGAGCAUGCCGACGUCGUCACAACCACCACACACAAAUCUCUCCGUGGCCCUCGUGGAGCCAUGAUCUUCUUCCGCAAGGGCGUCCGCAGCACCGACGCCAAAACUGGCAAACAGGUCCUGUAUGACCUCGAAGGACCCAUUAACUUCUCCGUAUUCCCCGGCCAUCAGGGUGGGCCUCACAACCAUACCAUCACUGCUCUGGCUGUCGCUUUGAAGCAAGCUGCCACGCCAGAGUUCCGUGCAUACCAAGAACAAGUGAUCAAAAACGCCAAGGCAUUGGAAAUUGAAUUCAAGAACCUAGGAUACAAGCUCGUCGCCGACGGGACAGACUCGCAUAUGGUCCUCUUGGACCUGCGGCCACAAAAUCUUGAUGGCGCCCGCGUCGAAGCCGUCUUGGAGCAGAUUAACAUCGCCUGCAACAAGAACAGCAUCCCAGGAGAUAAAUCGGCCCUGACGCCCUGCGGCAUUCGCAUUGGUGCUCCCGCAAUGACGUCUCGUGGCUUCGGUGAAGAUGACUUCAAGCGUGUCGCCCGAUAUAUCGACCAGAGCAUCAAGCUGUGCAAGAAAAUCCAGGGUGAGUUGCCCAAAGAGGCGAACAAGUUGAAGGAUUUCAAGGCCGUAGUCGCUAGCGACAAGGUGCCAGAAAUCCUCAAGCUGAGGCAAGAGAUUGCCGAAUGGGCCUCCAGUUUCCCUCUGCCUGUGUAA